ACAUUUUUCCCAGCCCAGCCCUGGCCACUUGCGCAAACCCUUCUCUUCUCCUUCCUCUCUCGGCCUCGCUCUCGCUCACGGCUCACCCGCGCUGCCUCUCGCUCUCUGCCUCCUCUUCUCUUGCUCGUCCGCUCGUGCUUGCCCUCGCUCUCUGCCUCUCUCUUGCUCUCGCUCGGGCUCGGCUCCUCUUGCUCUCGCUCGCCCUUGCUGCCUUUCGCCCUCGCUCUCUGCCUCUCUUGCUCUCGCUCUCGCUCGCCCUCGCUGCCUCUCGCCCUCGCUCUCUGCCUGACUGCCUCUCUCUUGCUCUCGCUCGCCCUCGCCCUCGCCCCCACGCUCGCUCGGCCAGUCGGCUUCGCCCUCUUGCUCGCUGCCCUGCCUCUGAUUCAGGUCUUCGUUUUACCCCCCCCCCCCCAAACUUCCAGAUUUGCUUCAUUCGAGCCCAGCCGUCUCUCUGUUUCUCUCUUCCAUUUGGCGGCAUCUCCGACCAACCUGCUUGUUCCCAUUUGGUCUUUGUCUCUCCUACCUGUGCAAUGGCAUAUCAGCCAUAACGAGCUGAAGGAACUCUGGCCGUUUCUCUCACUUUCUAUCUCUCGCUCUCGAUUCUAUCUCCAUUGGCCCCGAUCUACAAGGAGAAUUUAUUGCAGAUAAUCAACUCUAUUUUAGCAGAAGAAAGAAGCCAAAAUGAGUAACAUAGGUUCCCCUGGUGCAGCAUUGCAUUUCUCAAGGUUGAGAUUGUUACCAAAUAAUUCUAUUAAAUGCAUGUUACACCAGCCAACAGAAAUUUUCAAUGGUUUUAAGGAAAAUGAAAAGAAUCGGCCUUUGGUUAAAAUGUGUGGAGUCACAUCACCUAGAGACGCUGCUCUAGCAGCAGAAGCAGGUGCUAAUUUUAUUGGGAUGAUUUUAUGGCCCCACUCAAAGAGAUCCAUUUCACUUACUGUUGCUAAGGAGAUUUCAAAAGUUGCCCGGGAAUAUGGGGCAGAACCCGCCGGUGUAUUUGUGGAUGAUGACACAGACACCAUACUAAGAGCUUCUGAGGCGGCUGACCUUGAAUAUGUACAGCUCCAUGGAGAUUGCUCUCGGGCUGCUUUUCCAGUUUUAGUGAAAGAUAACCGAGUAAUAUAUGUUCUUCAUGCCAAAGAAGAUGGAGAGCUUUUGAACCAUAUUCCAGAACAAGACUGUGCUUUGGUUGAUUGGGUUCUAGUGGAUAGUGCAAAGGGUGGCAGUGGCAAAGGAUUCAACUGGUCCCAGUUUAAGUUACCAGCAAUUAGAAGCAAACAUGGUUGGCUUUUGGCCGGAGGGAUUCACCCCAAUAAUGUGUGUGAAGCUAUUUCUACUCUUCAACCACAAGGAAUUGAUGUCAGUAGUGGCAUUUGUGCUUCUGAUGGAAUUCAGAAAGAUGAGUACCGGAUAUCAUCCUUCAUGAGAGCAGUAAAUUCUGUAAACUACUGUUUGAUGUGAUGUCCAAGUUGAAUAGCUUCUUGUGAUGCAGAACAAGGAGACCAUGCUUCAUUAACAUCAUAUUGUUUAUACAAUAAAGUACAUUUUCAUCAUUAGUUAUGUAUGUUGCAGGCAAAGUUCUUGUAAGUGCACUGAAUAAGAAAGUUAUAUUUCACAUGAUAUUAGUUGGCUUC